AUGCUCGUUAUCACCCCGCCCGCCACCUCGGCUACUUUGGCCCUUGUGGUGGCCUCCAUCGCCACGGCCCUCGCCCUCUUCGUGAGCCCGGCCACCGCCAGCGCGAUGCAGGAUGGAGGAGUCACCAAUUACAAGGCGACCAUGCCGGGCCUCUCGCCUAGAUGCAAGGCCGCUCUCUCCAAAGUCUAUCAUGACAAGGAAUUGACGCGCUGCAUGAAUUUCAACGGCCAGAACAAUUUCACCCAUCUCUUUUUCGACAAUCCUGCCAACGCCAGCGUCGUCAACAAUGCGGCUAUCUUUGCGUCGACCACGGUCUGCAAGCGCCCCGCCUGCGCCGAGAAGGCGCUUUCUACGAAUUUGCACUCUCUCACCACUUCGUGCAGCAAACACGAUCUCGAGCAGGAGAAGAGUCCCGCGGGCUUCAUCUCUUCCAUCCUCAGCUCUUAUGUCGGACUGCGUAACGAGGCUUGCCUCGUCAACAUGACUGCCUUUGCCCACUCGCCCGGUUCCAUCGAGGGCCACCCACUCUGCUUCGCUCAGCUCCUUCACGGCAUCGAGCAGACUAAAGGCGUCAAUAUGGACCUACCAAACCUCUCGCUACUACUGCGCCAGGACCGAUCACUCUUGUCCAAGAUCUUCAGGAAGCCUGAAAGCGAUGUCAAUCGCCACUUUCAGCUCGCGGCCUUCUGCACCGACUGCCUUAAGGCGUCGUACAGCCUCGUCGCACACAUCAAGGGGAGCAAGACCAAGGACGAUUUGGUCAAGACGGCAAACGAUCUCUGUGGCCCCAACUUCCUCAGCGACAAGUCCGCCUUCCCAAAGACGGUAAAGCAGGCUGCGCCCAAGUCACGGCCUGAGCCGGGGGAGUAG